UAAUUCCUUCCGAUAUGAGGAAUAUCAUAACAUAAUCUGUGACGUCACAUAAAAAACGCUAUAUAAGCCUGAGGAGUCAUAUUGAAAAUUAGUUGUAGUCUACAGCUUCCAGAAGACAGUUGUGUGUUCAUAAAUUUCUAUUCAGUGAUAAUGGCUCGACUUGGGUUUGUCAAUUGGGAUAUGUUGAGAAGACUAGCUGCUAUGGAGCAGGAGGAAGCCUGGGGAAUCCAACGUGAAGACGUUUCGGAUAAUGAAAGCGAGGUCGACGAAGUUGUUGAAAGUGAUGCGGAAGAAGGUGAGGAAUAUGAUGUCAAUGGAGUGAAUGAAUUGGAGCAUGUGGUUCAAGAUGAUGUAAAUGAAGAAGAAGAGGAAUAUAAUGAAGGUCAGGUGGAUGAAGGCGACGAUGUUGAAGGUCAGGUGGAUGAAGGCGACGAUGUGGAUAACGGGGAAUCAGAUGCUGAAGAGGCAGAUGACGCGGUAGAGGUAAUAAUAACCUUUAAAACUAUGUAGUCACAUUAAUUUUUAUUGUGUUUUUCUUUCGUAGGUAGCCGAGUAUGUUGAUGAGGGUGUCGUUGAAGACUGCUCCGACGAUCUUGAUGAUAUUUUGGUGAGAUCCCAUGAAGUAGCAAAUGGUGAUGUUGUGGAUAAAGGUCAACUUUAUUGUUAUACAUAUUGUAUGGUGCUCGUUAGCACAGACCCGAGAGGCGACCACCAACUGUGUCACAGGUGUUAUAUGGAGUUGGAGAGCCUUUCGGGUGUUGCGGAAUAUGAGCACAGACAUUAUGAUAGCCACACAACGUCAAAAUAUGAGGAUUGCUCAUUUUACUGCUCAUCAUGUCGGCUACCUCUCGAACAAGUGCAGUUAACUAGAACGUGCGUCAUCUGCAACAAUGUUAAACCGCACAAAGACAGAGAUGAUUAUUGUUAGUGAUUGGUAUUAGUUCCAGUAUAAGUUAUAUUUUUAAGUAAUUUAAAUAUGUGUUAAGUUUAGA